AUGUCGGAGCAUAAUCGUUCGGCCGUUCCUUCCGAGGAACCGCCCUCGACCCCCACACGAUCCUAUCGUGACGCGGUGCAGUCGCCCAGGACCCAAGAAAGUCCUGCAGGUACUAGUCAGUCUGCGGAUAAGCAGAAUAAUAAUAAUGUAUUUAGCUCCCCAGACCACGGGGAGACUGAAAGCUUGCAUGAUUGGGUUGAUAAGAACCCGAAUCCAUGGGUACCUGUUCAAGGGAAGAAGAAUAAGAAUAAAGAAGUUGCAUCAACAGAUACUAUUGAUAUCGCGGUGAAUGCCCUCACCCCCGAGCAGCGCGAACACAUUAAUCGUCGCAACGCUCGGGUAGUUGUGAAUGCUCCUGACCGGCCCGAAACCCCAGAUUCUCGGGGUGAAGGACCAUCUACCAAUAAGGGUAAAGGAACUGAUCCCCAUGAAUGGGGUGGAUUAAACCUCGAAGAAGAAGAGCGUGAUCUCGAAGCGCAACAAGUGGCGCUUGAUCAACUGAAAGAAUUACAUAAGAAGAAGAAAGAACAAGCUACUCAUGCUCGUUUUGAGCCUGUUGAGCAGAAUGAGGUUAUUAAUGAUACUCCUCCACCUCCGGACGGCAACCCGGAUCGUACUCGGAGUAAUCCUCCCCCUGUUCAGAACAAGAACACACGUCCUGCGGAGAGUCGUCCGAUUAAUCAGAUUGCCCCAAAUAGCUUCAUUGGACAGACACUCGCUCGACUCACUCGACUCGGAACACGAAAAGGUGAUCCGAGUGAUGACUCGAGCUCAGACUCGAGCUCGAGUUCUGGUGACGGUGCAGGUGGAAAUCGAGGUGGAAGAGAGGUAACUCCUCGAUCACCAUCCCGGUCAACCCAGCUGUCUAACCCCCCUCAUAUCCAUAAGCGCCGAAGUAAGAAGUCAGCGCUUAAACUGAUUCCGCCCAAAGAAUAUAAUGGAGCACCGGAUUCUCGGGCUUACAACCGUUUCGUCACGGAAGGCACUGCUUACGUGGUGGAUGGACGGGUCAGAAAGUCCCGUCGUGUCUUUGUUCUAUCAUACUACCUUGCUGGGGUUGCCUACAACUUCUACACUCAGAAGGUGUCUAUGAACUUCGACGAGUGGACACUCGAUGAAUUUUUCAAAGAACUAUUCAACUAUUGUUUCCCAGUUAAUUAUCGCUCGGAACAGCGUGCAAAAUUGCGGCGCUGCUUCCAGAAUGACAAGAAAGUAUCCGCUUACGUCCACGAGCUCGAAGAGCUCUAUAAUAUGAUUGGCAUGGCUGAUGAACGUGAAAAACAGGGCCUCUGGCAGGAUGGAAAGAAUCCCGAGGUAUCCCUCUGGGAUGAUGUAAUUACACAAGCUGAGAUUAUUGAAAUCUCAGAGAACAUCACGAAGAAAGAUUCUUCGGCUCGAGGCAAAGGAUCUGCUUCCCGUGAGCCCUCUAGUUCUCACAACAGCAAUUCCACUGGAAAGAACCGACCUCACCAGUCAUCCUCGUCUGGUAAUCGAUCCUUCCAUCGGAAUAUGUCCAGUCAGAAUCGCUCAGCUCAUGGGAAUAGAUUCCAACCUUCGAACAACCGUUAUAAUAAUAAUCGUGGUUCGGGCUCCAAGCCCUUUGGACAAGCUCCUCAAACAGAUAAGCCUCGAACUCCCACGUUGAGCGAGAAGGAGAAGGCUGAGCUCCUAGCUGCAGGAAAAUGCUUCUUCUGUAGAGAAGCAGGUCAUAUGUCCCGAAAUUGUCCAAAGAAGUCCACCGUGAGAUCUUCUACUUCGAAGCCUCCGGGCGUAUCUAAUUUUAGCAUUGAAAUCACAGCCGAGACGGACUCAAGCAGUGACGAGGUCGAGGUACUCGAUAAUCUCGAGAUUGGGAUGAUCAAGAUCAACCCCGAAGAGCUUCCUCGAGGAGCCUUACGGACGUUGAAUAACCUUGAAUGGGAUGAAUAUCGCCCAAACAAACCUCGUCGUACUCGCUUAGGAGAUGCAUUGGCCCGAAUGGCAGAGUACGUGCUGGCAGAAUGUCAGCCAUACCCAGGAGAUAGCCCUUAUGUCUCGAGGCAAACGGAACCCACUCGGUUCUAUGUGACUCGAGGAAUUGGGCAACAGUUUUAUGUCUUUGACACACUUCGCCUGUUGCGAGCAGAAACUAAUAUCCGUUAUCUCACCGAUCACUAUUUCCGGUUGGCAGAUUGGUAUGCCUCCCAGAUUACCGUACUUACAGGGUUCCCUAAGCCCUAUACUUAUCUACACACAAUGGGUGAUGCUUAUGCCUACAACGCGAUGCUUGUACUGAGAAGUGGGAUCCAAACUCUCUACCAGACUCGCGACCCUCUCGUGGAUGAUGACUUACGGUUCACUGUGGUGUCUGCCUCAGACACCACAUAUCAUAUUCACGAUGACGACUUUGAGGAUCGUCCCCUGACGAUCCCGAAAACUUAUCUCGUAAACCCAUAUUUUGAUCUCGGGCAUUGGUACCUAAUCCAUAGGUAUCAUACUCGCCCGAUUGUAGACGACGGACCUGAUGAUCCCAGUGACAUUGACUCGGAGUAUACCGAGAACCCGGACUUGGAUAUCUACACUGAGUCCGAGAGCGAAGCCUCUCAUCACUCACUCGAAAUAAGCGCCCAUCACGAAGCGCCUGACACAAGUUCAAACUCCGACUCGGAGGAAGACGAUGAGCUGUCCGAAACUUCUCCCUCUGGUGAUGUAUCGGUAGAGGAGAUUAAUUGGGAACUCGGAUGCGCUGGAAAGUGUAUAAUCCCUUGGAAAGACAUAGGGGACUUGCUCGGAAACCGAGUAAGCAAGAUAUUAAAUGCCUAUGACGAGUUCCCCGGAGACCCGGGUACUAUUAAGCUGGAGAAGCCUCGCUUCAAAGUACGGCGAGCGCUUGACGAAAAAUGGGCGGUUGAUGAUUUAGUUCAUCAAUCUCUUACUUAUUUUGAUGCUGAAGAUCUCCGGAACCCAGAAUUCCAGAUCGGACUCGAGUAUGGGCGAAGAUGUGCCCAGAUGAAGGGGAUCAAAGUCCCUGCCUCAUGGGAUGCUCAGAUCCAUGAGCCUAUGGAGAAUACCCUCGAAUGGGGACUGAUUCGGGCUCUCCAAGAGGCCCGUCCUUUUCUAAAUGAUGUGCCUUUCUCAGAGCGAGACCUUGUUACCUUCAGUGUGAAAAAGAAUCCAGAAGACUCGGUCGAGUUUUUGAUUCGAAAUAAUCAUACUGGAUGGAUAACAGUGAUUGAUAGGUAUAAUGUGGAAAGCCCCAACUUCGAUGCAGGUCGUUUCUAUCAAGGAGAACGACUCCGAGAGGCUAGAGGGGAGUAUGAUGACCUCGAUGACCUUGUUUGGGAGCCAAAAUCGGUUCGUUUUGAAGAUCCUCAGUCCCCAGGGGGAAUUGACUCGUCCACAGACCUUCCUAUGGAGAAAAGCCUUCAAGAAUCAAAGGAAGGCUUGACCACCCCUUUGGGCGAUGCGAAGGGCGAGAAUAGCUCAAUCAGCAAGCUGUUUUUUCGAUUAAAGCAUCUUGUCAAGCCCCCGGAUCGUAAUAUUCUCAUUGGAAUACCUGCUUUUGCUGUACAAAUCCCUCGAGGAUCUCUACCAGCAAUCCAACGAAACUCAUCUCGAGUAAAAGACACAAGUCGAAAUAUACCUAAGGCAGUUGUAAUAACUGUUCAGAUUAACGGACACCCUGCCCGAGCACUCCUGGACUCAGGAUCUCUCGGAGAUUUCAUGUCUUCGAUGCUAGCUGAUCAACUUAAGGUUGAUCGUGUUAAAUUUGAUUCGUCUAUAACCCUCCAGCUUGCUGUGCAGGGUUCCAGGUCAAAAAUUAAUGCAGGAACGACUGCUCAACUUCACUGGAUGACUUUCCUUAACGAUCUGGAAUUUCUAACUCCUUUUCCAACACAAAUUCUUCGGGAUUGCCCGAGUUUUGAAAUCAAGCAGAGUGCUUUACAGAACCGUAACCACUUUUGUAUCUAG